UUUUAAGUUCUCUGUUUCGAGGUUCUUCUUUUGAACGCUUUGUGAUCUUUUGCUUCUACGCGCAAUCGCAAUGGGAAAACCUCCAAAGCAACCCAAAGUUAAAGGCCUGAAGCCUGCAAGUAGCAGUCGCGCAGCAGAUUUAGCGAGCAGUGGCAGCGUCAAUGCUUUAAGCUUUCAGAAUCUGGGUGGAUUUGCCCAAUUCGCCAGCGCAAUCCCCGGAUCGCCUGUCGCAACCCCCGGAUCCGACGUCGACACUCUUUCAUUAGCUAACAGCUUAGACGCUGAACUUGUGGUGAUCUUGAAGAAAAUCUCGAAACGCGAUGCUGUUACCAAGCUAAAGGCGCUCGAAGAGUUGGAAGCUUACUUGAAGGCUAAUAAGGAUGCAGUUCCUGCCGUUGUUUCUUCGUGGACGAAAAUGUACACGAAGCUUACGAUCGAAGUCGACCGACGUGUGCGUUUGGCUGCCAACAACGUUCACUUGCUGAUAUCGACGAACGCUAAGAAGAAACUUGCCCCUCAUUUGAAAGAGUUUAUUGGAGCUUGGUUGAUCACCAUGUUCGAUCAAAGCCCGGAUGUUGCACGGGCCGCGAGAAAUUCUUUUGAGAUCGUGUUCUCAGAGGAUAAAAGACAGGGUGUUUUGGAAUUCUGUCAGAAGGAUAUUCUAGAAUACGUUACUGAAAUGAUCCUGUCCAAAACCCCAGAUACUCUCAGUGACCCACGACAUAUCACUAAGGAAGAUAUGACAGCAAAGUUCGCUCGAGUGAUCUCUUGCUGCUUCUAUUGCGUUUGUCAUGUUAUCGAAAAACUGCCAGAGAAAGAGAGAGAAAAGCACAUGGAAGAUUAUGAUGCAUUAUUCGAUAGUCCAACGCUAUGGAAAUUCGCGGGCCACAACAGUCCAAUCAUCAGAAAGUCUGUUUAUCGUCUUACAAAGACACUGUUGAUACAGUGGAAAGGAAUAUUAUCAACGCGCUUGAAUUCUGUAUGCUCCACUUUGUUCGCUAGCUUUCUAACCGAAAAAGAGGCUGGAACAUUUUCAGACAUGUGGGAUGCUAUUCUUUUGCUGACCAAAGAAUUCCCGGAAGCAUGGCUUAUUGCAGGGAGGAAGAAGGCUAUUAUGCCCAAGUUCUUUACAUUCCUUCGCGGUGGUUUAAACGGUGCAGUCAGUAUUGGAUAUCCAAGUAUUCUGGUCAUCAUAGCUAAUCUGCCGUCCGAGAUCCGGUCCGAGCAUUCUUUCUACAAGGAACUGUUUACGAACUUUUGGAAGGGCGUAUCUAGCGAGUUCAUUGAUCAAUCUAACAGUGAUAUUUUUAUCAAUGCUUAUGCCGAGUGCAUUGUUUACGCUUCUGUUUCGAAAAGCAACUCGGAUACAGAUCGCGGAUCUUAUCUUAUCAAUGAGAUUUUCUUAAACUUGAUGAAAACAAGUUUUGCAUCAUCGAAAGAAUUUUCGGAAGAGAAAGCAGGCUCAAAGUUUGUGUCGAUUUUGACUAAGCAUCUCUCUGUGCUUGCCACUACUCAGAGUGUCAAGGAUUAUAUGCCCCCCUUUUGGAGCGAACUAGAAAACUUUUUGAUCCAGACAGUCAUCGAUUGCACCCUUCCUCGAGGAUUUGCUUUGGAUUUUGGUUAUUUCUGCCAUAACGUUGGCAGUUUUUUCAUCGAAAUCCGUAACAAGUUGGAUCCUGUCUCAGAAAAGAAAUCAUCCGAGCUUUUCGCCAGGACAACAGGGUUUGCCAAGCGCUUGGUUUUGGCAGCUUUCACAUCGAGUCUAGUUUACAAAGACAAAGCACCAGCUCUACUUCAAUUGUCUGGUCAAAUCUUGAAUAAAUACUGGGAUUGUUUGGACGAGGCAAGCUUAAAUGAAAUAACUGAACAAGCCAAGAUCCUGUUGCCUUUGUUGAGUGAAGACUCCCAAAGCGUACUUGAAUCUCUCUCAUACGUCUAUGUUGGUUUGAUGUCUCGCAUAUCUGACGCUGUCGAAGCAUGCAUCUUAUGGAAUCUCGCAAUCAAGAAGAUAUCUGAUAUUGAUUGUAACAAUAGUCAACAAGCCAAGGCACUGGUGGCAUUUUUGGAACAACUCAAAAAUAGUAAUGAUUAUCAAAGCGCUGAGCUUGACGCCAUGUUUGAAAAAUACAUCGUCCAUCAGCUUGCUACACCCUCGGAGGUUCCAGAUAAUGUACUACAACAUUUGGGUAGCAUCGGUUUAAAUGUGCAUUUAACACAUCCGCUAUUUUCUGAGAAGGCAUGUAGCAUCGUCCUCGCCAGUUUCCACAAGAAACUUCACGAGUUCUUAGAGCAAAAGUCUGCUACGAAGGAUGAAACCUUGCUCAAAAGUACAUUGUCUGUCAUGGUGAUCCUGGAGAACAUCAUGGAAAACACGCAAUCAGCUUGCAAACUGCUCGACCACAAAGCCGCGCAAGGCAUCGCUACUGAAGUAUUUGAAAGUAUGUUUGUUGAUGUAACUGAUGAAAGUCAGGAACGCCUCAAAAUGAUAACACAUGCUGCGUCGACCGUAUGGGAUAUGAUUUGUACGAGCACUGCUGAAGAAGAUGACGCCUACCGAUCCCGUUUAUUCCAGCCUGUUUUAUUGCAUAUCAAGGACUCAAUUACGGAUGUCACUCGCUCAGAAAGCCCAUCUGCUAUUUUACAUCGUGUAGACAAACUUCUCAGCAGCUUCUACACGGUCGGUAGUCAAGGUUUCAAGGAUGCCUUGGUGACACUGCUCGGGGAUCCCAAGGGCUGGGAAAUCGUGCGCGCACCAUUUUCACAACACACUUCAAACCUCCUUACGCUCAACGUACUUGACAAAUAUGUUGGCCUGAUACAAACUCCUCCCGUUGACAGUGACGAACUGAUGCCAGUAUCAUACGAUACAUUGGGUUUGAGCGCCUAUGGUCGUCUUAUCUUUUCCGUUGCUGAAUACGUGGUUCGAAUCGGCCCUGAUGAGUUCUUUGACGGUAAUGACCGAGAGUGGAUUAUGCAGCACUUGAUGCUGUCAAGCGUUGAAUGUCAAUACGGAUUGGAUAUUCCUGGAAGCUCUCGGAUCUGGAACUCUAGCAUAGCAGGGAGUACACCUAUUGUGCUAGAGUUCCUUCAACGAGUAAAUUACAUUUUCGAUUAUCGCUUUGAGACGGUACUGGUAACCGAGUCUGGACAUUCUUGGUACAAGAUCUUAUAUUCUGCGGUCACCAACCCGGGGUCUACCAAGGAUAGCGACAGUUUUAUGUCAUUUGUCGCAAAGCUUAUGCGUACUGAUACUGGCAGUCAUGGUGUUGAAACGACUCUUACCGACGCAAUGUCAGGCGCAGUGGUUGAAAGCGUUUUGAGAAAACUCGUGACGCAAGUUGGUUUGAAGAGUGAUAGCGUGCCUUAUUGGCUGGGUCUCGUGAAAGCAGAAGCGACAGAACUCAAGUUGCCCAUCAAAGUAGCCGUUACUAAUGCCAUCAAGAACGAGAUCUCACAAGAAGCUGGAUACAAGAACUUGCAAAGCGACCUCACAAGUAAACUUUCUGGCAUUUCAAACUUGGGUGAUUUUGCUGACGACAGUGGGAAAGCAUGGAAGUUGCUCGUGCUUCUCAAUGCAACUGCAUUGGAGCAUGGUGAUGCUAUCUCUAUUCCUCCACAACGUUUGAUGCACCUCGUCCUUACUAUUCGCAAAUGGUUCGAGGAUGAUUCUGCACUGGAUGAUUUUGAGCUAUAUCAACGUGCCCGCAUUCUGGUGCAACUCGCUCAACUCUUCAUCGUUAUCGCCAAAUCGGUUAAAGACGUAUCGGGUGGGCAAUGGGAGUUUUUUUUAGAAAGAAGCUAUGAAUGGGUCACUUACAGCGACCCCCAGCUUGAUGAGGAAUUGCCUUUCGUACAUUACGCAGCACAGCUGUUUUCAACUUUGAAAAAUCUCGCUUAUGAGGGAAUCGCAGAUUUGUUUGCAACUCUUGAUGAUCAAGGACCGCAAUUCUAUGAAACUUUAUUAAAGCUGUUUAUUAAGGAAGGAGGACUCAAUGUCUCAGCCACUUCCCCCACUAAGCCAAAAAUUAUAUACCAAGAACUAUUAGCCGAUCUUGUUGAAGAUGUUCCUUCAAGUGUCUUACUGGAAUCGUCCAAUAUUUCGGACAUCGCCGUAUUAUUAAAAGCAUCGAACGAAGCGUUGCAGAAGCGCGCCUUUAAAUUAUUAGAAAUUCAUGUUACACACAUUGUGCAAGAGUUAUCCGUGCGUUUAGAGUUCAGUGCUACAAAUGAUGAUGAUAACCAAGAUAAGGCGAAUAUCGAAAAAGCCAUCUUUGAAUACAUGAUCAACCCCCCUGACUUUUCGAAUUGGCACUCGUUGCCUUUUGAUGAACAGGCAUUACACGAUGUAUUUGGAUACAUGCUAGUAUGGCUGAUUAUGUUUGAUCACUUCACUAACAUUACGUUCCGUCUUAAACAAGAGUAUACUGCACAGCUGAAGGAUGCUGCUGCUGUUGCCAAACUCAUGCCAUUUGUCUUCAAAAUUCUUGGUGUAGGGGUUGGCCCAAAGAUCCAGCCUUUCGAUCUAUCCUUGUGGGAAAUUGAUGAAUAUGAAGUAGAUGGCUUCGACUCUGCACAUGAAAUUAGUUACCAAGUCAUGGCUGCACAUCUGUAUUACCGUGCAUUGAAACACAUUCCAUCGUUAAUACGGCAAUGGUGGGUCGAUUGUAAGAACCGACAACUGACAAUCGGUGUCGAGAACUAUACGGAAAAGAACUUUAGCGCCAUGUUGAUUAACAGCGAACUUGAUCUGCUGGCGCGAGAUGAUAUCAAGACGUUGCUCGAGGACAACGACAGCAAUGAGUUCACUGUAAAAGCACUCCGAGCAGCUAGUGAAGUUUCCGCGACCUAUCGUGUAGAUGAACAAGAUAUGCAGAUUGCGAUCAAGCUGCCGAGCAACUUCCCCUUACGACAAAUAGAUGUAGAAGGCGUACAAAAGGUUGGCGUGAGCGAUAAACAGUGGCGAGGAUGGAUGUUCUCCGUUGCAGCAGUGAUUGGGUCACAGAACGGCAACAUAGUCGAUGCUUUAACGGUGUUCAAGCGAAACGUCAACUUGCACUUCGGUGGCGUUGAAGACUGUACAAUCUGUUACUCGAUUAUCAGCGCUCAGGAUCGAUCCAUACCCAGAAAGCAGUGCCGCACCUGCAAGAACAAAUUCCAUGCCAGCUGCUUGUAUAAGUGGUUCCGUUCCUCUAACUCAGCCAGCUGCCCUCUAUGCAGAACCGUAUUCUAGUUUCAUAACCAUCCCACCUUCUUGUACAGUAAAAGAAAAUAAACUUAGACUUUUUUUUAUUGAUUG